AUGAGUAAUGAUCGUUUUUGCGAACUCAUGAGAAGCGCUAUUGAAAAACAGAAAGAUUUGCAGCUACACGUCAUUAAUCACAAUUUAUCUGCAGAGAGAUCACCUUUACAAUUAUUUUUUACUGGGCCAGUUGGAUGUGGAAAAAUCUUUGUAAUAAAAUUGAUAAUGGAAGUAUAUAACAGAUUUUCUGAUAAUGAUGGGUUCUGCAAUUCAUACAUUACGUGUGCUUCGACUGAUAAAGCUGCAGUAGCUAUUAACGGAACUACUGUUCAUACUGCAUUGAAAAUAUCAUUGUCAAAACUAAUUCCGUUGUCAAUAGAAACAGCACAACAAUAUCGAUGCUUAUUUAAAUAUGUCAAAGUUUUAAUAAUUGACGAAAUCAGUAUGAUUGGUGCCGAGCUCUUGAACCAAAUAGACGCAAGACUAAAGCAAAUAACCGGAAAUUUUGAUGAAAAUUUUGGUGGUCUAGACAUUAUUUUUAUUGGAGAUUUGCGACAAUUACCUCCAGUCCGUGCAACUCCAAUCUAUAAGCAGUCUAAACAACGGAUGAUUGGACCCUUACUUUGGCGAGGAUUAAAAUUCUACGAAUUAACUCAAAUAAUGCGUCAAGAUAACGAAAUGUUUGCUUCUAUUCUCACAAAAAUUGGCAGUGGUAUUAUUUUAAAUGAUGAUGAAUUAGCCGUUAUCGAGUCUAGAUUUUUUACGAAGGAAGAAGCCUUGCGCCUGUGUCCAAGUGGUGUACGAUUAUUUCAUGAUAAUGCAUCAUUUAACGCAUAUAACGUACUAGCUUUACAAACUAAAAAUAAAAUAGAUUCAAUUGCAAUGGACAUUAUUUCUGGUUGUACUAAUCAUGAGCAAGAAGCAAACAUGAGACAAAAAUUACACAAGUUGUCAGUGAUUGAUACUGGAGGUUUGCCAUACGAAAUCAUUUUUGUUAUUGGAAAACCUUAUAUUAUUACAACUAACAUAGACGUGGUAGACGGUUUAGCUAACGGCGCCGUUGGAAAGCUGGUUCAUAUAGAACAAAAUGAUGAAAAUCAAGUAACUCGCAUAUGGCUCGUUUUUCCAGAUAAAAACACUGGUAUGGUGGCUAGAAGAAAAGCCGCUGCCUUUCUUGUGGAACAUAAUAUCGAUAGACGUGCAGUACCUAUCGUACGUCGAACUUCAAAUGUACCACUCAAUAAUAAUAAAACCAUUGUAGGAAAAAGAAAUCAUUUUCCAUUGAUAUCAGGAUGUGCUAUGACUAUUCACAAGUCUCAAGGAGGUACAUAUGACGAGGUGGUCUAUGAGUAUAGUAAAAGUCAUUCUAUUUCAUUACUUUACGUAGCUUUAACACGAAUAACAAGUCUUGAAGGGUUGUUUAUAUGUAACAGUCAGGAUAAUUUAAGAUUUUAUCAUGGAAGAAGAGUAGAUCCAUCAGUUUCAGCAAGAAUUUAA